GGGGUGGGCGCCGGCACCGCGAUGCUGGGCGUCGUGGAGCUGCUGCUGCUGGGGGCGGCGUGGCUGGCAGGCCCGGCCCGCGGGCAGAACGAAACGGAGCCCAUCGUGCUGGAGGGCAAGUGCCUGGUGGUGUGUGAUUCCAACCCCACGUCCGAUCCCACGGGCACGGCUCUGGGCAUCUCCGUGCGCUCCGGCAGCGCCAAGGUGGCUUUCUCUGCCAUCAGGAGCACCAACCACGAGCCGUCCGAGAUGAGCAACCGCACCAUGAUCAUCUACUUCGACCAGGUACUAGUGAACAUCGGGAACAACUUUGAUUCAGAACGCAGCACUUUCAUCGCCCCGCGCAAAGGGAUCUACAGUUUUAACUUCCACGUGGUAAAAGUCUACAACAGACAGACCAUCCAGGUGAGCCUCAUGCUAAACGGGUGGCCGGUGAUUUCAGCCUUCGCUGGUGAUCAGGACGUGACCCGGGAGGCCGCCAGCAAUGGAGUUCUAAUCCAGAUGGAGAAAGGCGACCGAGCAUACCUCAAGCUGGAGCGGGGGAACUUGAUGGGGGGCUGGAAGUACUCGACCUUCUCUGGAUUCCUCGUGUUUCCCCUUUGACUGGCUCAUCGCCGCAAUGGAGGCAGGGAGAGGGCCAAGACAGGAGGCAGGCAAGAGGAGGAGUGAGAAAGGCUGAAAUGUAGAGGGCGAGAAGGCGGCAGGACUUGAAACUCCCUACAUGUUCCCCAGCUGUAUGCGGGUAAAAGGCGCGCAACAGCGGCCCGACAACUUUGUCCGUUUCCUCCUUAGGAGAAGUAAAUUCCGCUUAGCUCUGCUACACUCCCAUCUCCAAAAGUAAACUUGCCUCUCCCAUUCCAGUUGCAGUAAUUAAGAAAGCGACUGCCUUGUAAUUGUUUCUUACCCCCACGUUCAUGUCCCCUGCCACUUACUUAAAAGAAACUUUGUAUUUCACUGUGUAAUGUGAAACAUUUUCCUCCCCAUUCCCCUUCUGAAUUCUUCCACCUGCUGAUGUCCAAUAUGCCUCCCACUUUUUUCAGUUUGGAGAGGGGGUGAUUUUUUUUUUUUUCUGAAUGGGGGAGGUAGUUUUAAUCAGGCAAGUGUUACUCUUCUUAAAGCACCCUGAAGAUACUUUGUAUCCUCAGCUGCUUGGUAGCAGAGAAACGACUCAACUUAGUGGUGACUGGUUUUAAAAAAUUAUAUAUAUAUAUAUAAAUAUAUAUCAUUUCUACAAGAAGAACUCUUCCCAGUGGAAACGGAUUGUAUUUCCGUAUUUUUAUGUCCUAUUUGGAGUGAUCGUGAAAUCUGAAGCUGCUUUUGUUCUGAUGCUUGUCAAUGCCGUCGUGCUCUGUGGCUAAACGCCAGGAGAUCCUUCCGGACGCUUCCUCGUCCUCUGUAACAUAUGUGUGAAUAGCCAAGAUUUAAUUUUGCUUUAAUCCAAUAAAGUUGAAGUGGGACUUUUAUUUUUCUGAAACAGCUUUCUAAACUGCAUCUUCCCCAUCUGCGAGGUUGCGGUGGGGGCGCUGCGGAGGGCGAGGCUCAGAAGGACAGCGGACUUGGACAGCGGACUUGGGCGAACGCAACCCCAGAAAGGCCGGGGCGCGAAGGUGUGCCCCGCGGCCGGCCCAAACCGGCCCUGCGCUCCUACCUGAACUCCUCCAAGUCUGGGGACAAACUACAUAUGCCUGUGCUCCCUGCUUUGGCACCAACUUAAGAAAUCUGGCGGAAAUCCCGCUGGGCCAGGCGCGCGCGCCCGCCUGGGAGCGAAGUUGGGGUUUCGCAGCCCAAAUGCGCCAAGUAUAAUCUCAAUACGAGGACCCGAACCGGCCUGCCGCGAGCUGCAGGCUGCCCUCUCGCCUUCUUCCAGACCUCGUCCGCUCCGCCGUUCGCGAAGCAGCAUAUGUUUAAUAUCAUCGCCUCUAAAUCGCGAGUCGGCACGCAGAAUCACUGCGGAGUCCCAGGACCGGUGUUUGCGCUCAUUCCCAGGACUUUUAUUCAGGAGGCUCGUGCUGGAGUUUUGAUUGUAUCGGAACAUAAU